UGUCAAUCAGAUGCACUGCCAAUAAAUCAGAAAACCAAGACUUUAGAAAGUCAACAGCCAUCUACUUCACCAGAUUAUCAGUACUUUGCUAUUUACACAUGCAACGGAGAAGAAACCAAGCGGAAUCUCACAAAACCAACACAGACGCAGCUAAAAAAUGACAUUGCUGAAAGUUUGAGUAACACCCUUACGUCUCUGGAUCGCAAACGCCAGAUUGAAAGAGGAAAAGAUCUUUUACGACUUAUUGAACUUGAAUUAAAUGAUUUUCGGGAGAUCUUCAAUCUCCAACCAAUGGACCAGUACUCUAGCUACGUUUUGCGACUUUGUCAAGUGGGGCUUACUCAUGCCCAGUCGCAAACGAUGGAUGAUUGCCUCUCAAAGGAGACACAAACUGAGAGUUCACGAACUGCUCCUUACUCAUCUUGGACCCAAAUUCCUCCAGCCUUCGAGGGCGGUCACUCAGGACAUGUUCGCUAUGCCCAAGAGGAUUGGGAAGGAAACCCCUCGAAAUCUGAUCAAUUUACUCACAAACCACACAACUUAGUCAUUCCUAAUUGCGAUCAGCAGACACUAGCUGAGUUGGAGUGCAUUCACUGCGAGUUCUUGGACCAUCAUCUCCUCACUAUGCAUCGAUUAAAGUCGUCUCAAAGCGUGGAGUCUAGACGAGGCUAUUUGCCUGGUGAUGUAGUGUGCGUUUGGAAAGUCGAUGACAUUUCUGGACAAGGAAGCCUCGAGCAUGCAUUGAAGUGUCCUGGCCUUUUGCCUAUGUCUGGACGCGAAAUGCAGGAUGUCCGUGGAUGUGGAGAAGGGAUAGUAUCCGUAUUGUCCGAAAGUAGCUUCGAAUUCAGUAUGAUAGUAGGGGGCCUCAGUGAUGGAAGUUUGGCUGUCUGGAAUGUUGAUUCUGAGAUGUCGCCUCCUCAUCAAUCAGGCAAUACCUCGAGGCAGAGCUCUCCUCUUCCCAAGAUAUUUCAGUACGCCAAGUCACCGGACUAUCUGGCUUCGUUAGCAUUUUCCGAGAAUGACAAAAGUUCUAAUCUUGGAGCCUUUCCGACCUCCCCAAUCAUCGCGUUGAAGUCACUAAUCUGCAAAUCACUCUUAUCCAACAAUUUUCAGUUCUGUUCCCUUGAUAAUAGGGGAAAUGUGAAUAUUUGGAUGGCUUUGCGUCUGCAGCCCAAAAGGAAUCACAAAGUCCUUGGAUCGGCCGCUGAUUUGGGACUGCGACCCGGCGGCCAUGCUCGUUUGAUUCAGCUUGCAAGGUUCACUUAUGAUGCUCAAUGCAGUCGUAUGGAUGCUGCAAAAAUAUCAUACUUUUACUUGCAAUGGAUGGCUGUUUUCUGCAAGUGCACAGGUGAUAUCGGUACCUCCCUGUCGCCAUUCACAACGUGUCUAGAAGUAUACCGAACAGCAGACAGAUUUUUUAUUGGAUCAGCUGAUGGUAACAUCAGGCAAAAGUGUCGUGUACCCAGUCAACAUGUCUAUCCCGAGGACUUCAGGCUUCCAUUCACCGUCGCCGCUGUCACUUGUCUUGCUCUACACCCCCUCCUACCAAAUGUUUUGAUUGCAGGUGAAUGCUACUUGAGUGCAUAUAAACCUGAAAUGACACAAGAUUCGGUUGCAGGUUACUCUGAUGGCCAAAUUGCCCUCUUCUCAACUCAACAUCCACAUCCCAUCUUCAAAUGGCUGAUCAAGGUGCCAUCUGAUUGGCCUUUAAUUGGAGUCAAAAAGGUCGUCUGGUCUCCCCAUCGUCCAAGUGUAGUCUUCUGUUUAGCCACCGACGGCGAUAUCAUAGCGUGGUCCUUACUUGACAAGGAACAAAGCAUUCUGAAGCCCCGUGCCCAAACCCUCAUCAUUGGCUCCGUGAGAGAGCGUAAGGUGGUUGAUUUCUCUGUGGCCAAAGGUCGCAGUAGCUGUCUGGCCGUCUGUUGGCAGGACGGAGCUGAAAUCCACUGGUUGGAGGAAGGUUUAGUUGUAAAGCAAGAGGAUGAACUUCUGGCUUUGGAAACUAUCCUAAAUGGCCUUCUCUGA